AUGUUCCGAAACACAAUCAUGUCUACGGACGAUGCGGUGUUGCUUUUCGAUGUCGGUGCUGGUCAAGCACAAGGAAGCCGACCAUCACAAGAAGACCGACACACGUUGAUCCUGCCGGACCAGUUCCCUGCAAAAACCGACGACAAGCUGGCGUUCUUUGCGAUCUAUGACGGGCAUGGUUCCGGACUGGUCGCAGACCAUGCCAGCCGCCACCUGCACUACCUGCUGGCACAGCGGCCGGAGAUGCAACAGGGGGAAUAUGCGGCGGCCAUGAAGGCGGCCCUGAUAGAAGAGGAUAGGCUGCUCCUGGAGAGUUUCAAGCAUGAGUCUGCCGAACCUGCCAUAUCAGGGUCCACCGCGGCGAUGUGCUUCAUCAACCUCACCAAGGGCGAACUGGUGGUCUCCAAUCUGGGCGACUCGCAUGUCAUCUUGGCCGAGCGUGACCCUCAAACAGAGUGUCCGUAUCAUAUUCGCCGAUUGACACAGGCACAUAAACCGGAGAUGACCAGCGAACGCGAACGUAUUGAGGAAGCUGGGGGAACGGUAGAAGUACGCAGCGGAGUGACUCGGCUUGGGGGGGGGAGGGAGAGGAAAACAGGAUCCCUGAACAUGUCCCGCGCGCUGGGCGACCUUCAGUACAAGAACCCCGUCAACACCGUGGACGAUGGCUCAAUACCGCGGGCGCGCGCCUCGUCGUCAUCACUGGGCCCGCGUGGAGACUUUCUGUCCAACGACCCGUAUACCUCGCGGCGGACGCUGCAGGCCGACCGACGAUACCUGUUGGUCAUCACGUCAGAUGGGGUCAGCGACCGCACCGAUGAUGCGGCCCUCAUCCAGCACGUGAUGAAACUGGCGAUGCGGGGGAUGCGGGCCAGCGACAUUGCGCAAGAGGUAGCCUCCACCAGUUCUGGUCACUCGAAGAGUGACAAUGCCUCCUGCAUUGUUGCGAUGCUGGACGGGCAACAUUCGUGA